AUGUGCUGCUCUCCGGCAACUUUGAGCGCAUUUGCUUGGCUGACUUUGGGUUGGCAUGCCCUAUCAAUGCAGUUGAGGAUGCACCUCAGGCAGCCCUUGGUACCCCCAGCUAUCUUCCUCCAGAAAUCAUUUGUGGUCGACCGCACAGCCCUGCCGCAGAUGCCUGGUGUUUGGGGGUGGUUGCUUUCAAACUGGCGGCCCUCCGGAAACCCUUCGAAGCGCGUGAUGACCUCACACUCACCAUGA